CCGACCGACAGCAGCCUCAGCGAUGGCUGGGAGUUGGUGGUUGUGCCGCUCGGGGCUGCUUGGCUUGUGGGAGUGGCAUGGCUGGUGAGCAGCGCCCUCGUCCGUAAGCUGUGCAGGAAGAAUCCCUCGUGGACGUCGACCGACGAAUUCGGGCUGCCUCUCUACCUCUGCGCCUCGCAUAUGUGGACGCAGAUCAUGGUCCUGCCCGCGAUCUUUUUGCUCUCGCUCGCGUGUGCCAACUACUCAAUCUCGGGGUGGGUCGACACAGCUUCGUCCACCUGGUUCACCGCCAACGGGCAGCGCUUCUGGGACUGGUGCUUCUUCUACGUCUUUGGCGGCUACAUGGUGGAGGACCUCAUCGUCUUCCGGCUCGGCCCGAUGCUGCUCCUCCACCACAUCGGCUGCCUCGCCGGGCUCAUGUUUGCCUUUGUCGUCUGCCCCGCCGGCUGGCCGUACUUCUCAGCAGGCGCCGUCGCGUUCGAGUUCGGGUCCGCGCUCCUAAACCUCUACUGCCUCUACCCGCACAGCCGCUACGUGCUGUGGGCCUACGCCUCGUCGAUGACCUGCUCCAACGCGGCGGCCGGCCUCUGCUGCGCGGCGAUGGUCCUCUCGCAGCCCUCCGCCGCCAUCGGCGCAAAGGCCUUCUCCGCGACGCUGACCGGCACCUUCAUCCUGCUGCGCCAGAAGACGUGCAACGACUACGUGCGCAAGCACCGCCGCGCUGCUCGCGCGCGCCGCAAGGAGGGCGGGGGCGGCCACCAGCGCCGCCGCCGCUGGCUCUCUCUUCCGUGGCGCCGGGCACCGUCUGCGGCGUGCAAAUCCACCUGAGCUGGUGUGCUCGAUUACGCCCUCGCGGGGCGCUUGCGGUGUGCCACACUAGGAGUGGGCCUCGCGAAGCCGGGGCGAGUUGCGAAAUCGUCACCCCCGUCCGGCGCGAAUAUUCAAUAUAUAACACUUGACACAUGUGUUAAGUUCGUCUGUAGUCUAGUGGCUGUUUGUGGGAUUGUGGGCGAGAGCAUCACCUCUUCUAGACAACCGUUCA